AAUGUACAACCCAGUUGAGUAUUAUUAUUCAAACGAUUAUAAUAUAUCUCAAAUAGCAAAACCAGAAAUUACUAGAGUUAACACAUCUUAUUCACCUCGAAAGCUCAUUAUGGGAUAUUGGAAAAAGGAUUAUAAAUCAUUCAUUAGAUAAAGAACUAUGAAUUUAGAAUCCAAGGAAAUCUAACCACAUUCAGCUAAGCAAAAAGGUAUCAAAUAAUCAUUCACUCGAUUGGCAGAAUCGAUUUUAAAUGUGAGUAAUUGUUUUGAAAAUAUCCCAAAUAGAUAGACAAAAACAGAUAGAUUUGUCUAAAAAUAAAAAAAUAAAAUUACUACCCCAUCACCUUAGCAUUCUAAAAUGCAUAAUCAUGAAACUCAUAAAAUUCCAGGUAGACUUUACAAAGGAACAUUGCUAAAAAAUUUUGAUAACUCUUCAAAUCAAAUUGGAGAGUCUUAUAUUUUAGAUUCAAAAAAGGAAAUUGGAUAUUCCUAAAUGAGCCCGAAAAGUACAAAGAAAGAGCAUAGUUCUGAAUAGCCGAUGUAAAAACAUAAGUAAAAUUCAAACACUGAACAGGUAGUAACUCCCUAUAAAGAACUUAAAUAAUAGUUGAUGAUAAGAAGAUCUACUUUGAACAAUACCAAUUCAACAAAUUCUUUUAAAAAAACCACCUAUAAUAUCAUAGACGAAAAAUUAGAAGGAAUGAAAUUUGAAUGUUUAUUAAUUAAACCCUCCCCAAACAAUGUUAGCAAUUUAGUGAUGAUUUAAUUCGAAAAUGUGUUAGGCUAUGACGAAUCUAGCUUUUUCGGAUUAUAGCCUGAUUUUAUUGGCAGUAAAUAGCAUGAAGAAUAUUUAGUCCUUAGAGAUCAUUAUUUUUAAAAGGCCGCUCCUAAUUCCUCCUUUUAUAUUCAUAAAAAUAUUAAAGAACUUUUCAAUUCAAUAUGCAGAGUGUAUUAAGUUGGACUUUAUACUUUAAAUUAUUCACACCUCCUCAAAGAUCUUAUCAAUGAGAAAAAACUUAAAGUUAAUGGGGCUUUUUCAAUUCUUGAUUAUAAAAUUGACACAUUUGUAGUUGACAUUACUAAUGUUCUAACAAAUUUAAAAAUUAAGAAUCCUCAGUUGCUAAUUUUUAUUCAGCCUUUCAAAUUACUCCAUAAAUAAGAACCAUUUAUCCCAAAUCAUACAAAAAUGCCUUAUUAUGAUUACUAUGGAUAAAGAUUCUUUAUACCAUUCACUUAAUCAAUUCAUCCAAAUCAGUAUAGAUUAUUAGCCCUACCAAGCUUAGCUAUGUAAAGUUUAUUGAAAAAUGAAGAAUACAGUAAUGGAUUUGCGUAGAUCAAUUAUUUUAUUGAAUAAUUUGCUCUGGCUUUAUAAAGUGAAGGAAAUUUUGCACAGUUUCUUAGCAAGGGUUAAAAUAGAAUAACAUGUAUUAAUCAAUCCUCUUAUUUUCGAUAAAUAAAAUAAAGAUUGUUAUAAUAAGUCUAUUUUAUUGACACAUUAAAACUAAAUCAAGAUAAAUAUGAUAAUAUUAGAUUUAAGAAAAAAGAAAACUAUGAUAGGUAUAAUUCUAAGAAUGAUUAUGCUAAGUAAAUGGAAAUCUUUUACAAUGACAUCAUAGGUAGAAACAAAGAAAUACUUGAAAAAUUUCGAGCCUGCAAUUAUGAUCAUACUAACAAUCUAUCACAAUUACAUUAAGAAUUAUAGUAAUCUUUAAUUAGAUUAAAUUAUUGUGAGAUGUUUGUUGAUUCUUGCUACUACUUGCCAUAUUGA